GUAUACAUUUGACUCAAGCAAACUAAACCCAGAGGUCAUUCUGUUGCUGUUCAACAAUGCUGAAACAGUUGCUUCCAUUUCUCUUCCUCGUUGGGCAAAUACUAGCCAACAAAACUCCUGAUGUGGAGUGUCUGGUGGUUCACCUGGAACAUGUUCGCUGUGUCUGGAACCUGCAGGGGACUCCAGAUGUCAACUACACCUUUUCCAGCAGGUUCUCUGGUGAGAGAGAAAGUAGCUGUGCUGACUACCUGACUGAGAGAGGAACAAAUAUUGGAUGUAGGCGUCCCUACACCACAGCCCAGAGAUUCAACACAUUUUACACUAAACUGACACACGGCACCCAGAUGUAUCUGAAGGAACUUGACCUAAAAGGAAAAGUGAAAUUAAACCCACCAACCAACGUGACUGUAAAGAAUGGAUCCGACUUCAACCUGUGGUUUUACUGGAACCAGACUAAACCAAAUUGUGUAGAGAGUCAAGUACGAGUUAGAAUGAACAACAACAAAUGGGAGCCUUCAUCGGUGUAUAAUGCGCAGCAUUACUGCCUAAACCUGCCCUCCAGCAGUGCCAGAUAUGAGCUGCAGGUGAGGAGCAGAAUAGAGUCUUCCUGUGGAGAAUCUGAAUUUUGGAGCGACUGGAGCGAGCCUGCAGUCUGGGGAUCCAAUAACACCACAUAUGUGGAGUGUCUGGUGAUUCACCUGGAACAUGUUCGCUGUGUCUGGAACCUGCAGGGGACUCCAGAUGUCAACUACACCUUUUCCAGCAGGUUCUCUGGUGAGAGAGAAAGUAGCUGUGCUGACUACCUGACUGAGAGUGGAACAAAUAUUGGAUGUAGGCGUCCCUACACCAUAGCCCAGAGAUUCGAAACAUUUUACACUAAACUGACACACGGCGACCAGAAGUAUCCGAAGGAACUUGACCUAAAAGGAAAAGUGAAAUUAAACCCACCAACCAACGUGACUGUAAAGAAUGGAUCCGACUUCAACCUGUGGUUUUACUGGAACCAGACUAAACCAAAUUGUGUAGAGAGUCAAGUACGAGUUAGAAUGAACAACAACAAAUGGGAGCCUUCAUCGGUGUAUAAUGCGCAGCAUUACUGCCUAAACCUGCCCUCCAGCAGUGCCAGAUAUGAGCUGCAGGUGAGGAGCAGAAUAGAGUCUUCCUGUGGAGAAUCUGAAUUUUGGAGCGACUGGAGCGAGCCUGCAGUCUGGGGAUUCAAUAACACCACAUACGCGGCGAUGCCAGUGUGGACAGCAGUGCUGUACGUGUUGGGCGCCAUGACCCUCGUCCUUCUGGUCAUGAUUUUACUGCACAAUAAACGGAUUAAAAUCAUCCUGAUUCCUCCGCUUCCCAAGCCAGUACUGAACUCUCCUGAUGUCGAGGAUUGGUUUCAUUUCUCCAAGGGCCUUAUUAAGGAAGGAUUUAAUGCCAACUUCAGUGAGCGAGCCUGCCCAGUGCGCGAGUACCAACCCGUCUCGCGGUCUGACAGCAACAGCUCUGACAGCUCCGGCCUUACCACCACCACCGAUCAAACCGACUGCUCUAUCGCCAUCGCAGAGAACGAACCGGAGGACACGUCGGCUCCUUUGUACACCACCGUGAUCCCCUCUGAAGAGGGGCAGCAGGUUUCUGUGUAAACGUCACCGGAGGCAGAAUCUGUCAAAGUAAAACAAGCCUCCAUUUUUUUUUUUACUGGCAGAUCUACUGGAUUAGUGCAGGAAUAUAAAAAAUAAAGGCGUUGAGAACAUUAAAAACGAUUAGAAAUCAGUAAGGCAAAUUAGGAAUGAAGGGUAUAGAUCAAAAGACAGGGCUGUAACCUUCGCUGCCCCCUACCAUCAGGAGCCUGCUCCGAACUCCCCAUCUUCAAAAGAGCGCAAAACCCAUCUGUUUAAAAUUGCUUUUAAAGGAGACAUAUUAUGCGAACCCCAGUUUUUGCCUUUAAAUGCAUUUACUUGUACAUACAUGUACUGUACAUUUAACCUCUAGUAAUGCCGAAAAUAUGAAUGUAGUCUCUCCAGGUACUGUGUAGCUAUCUUUAUAUUCAUUUUGGGUCAUAUUCUUCAAGCCAUUAAGUUUUUUUUUCUGUUUUCUAUCACAUUUUUAUUUUUUCCCAGUGUCCUGUCAAGCAAUGUGGCAAUAAGAAUUGAUGUCUUAAUGCCAAAUAGAGCUCGACAGAUUUUACUUUCACAAGUGGAGCAAUCAGCUUUCGCCAUAGUGCUCCGCUUGAUUUAUGCAUAGUUUUAUUGUGACAUUGUUUUGAACUAUUACAUCAUAGUAUUUGCUGCGCAACUGAUUAACAAGUUACAACAAAGUUUUAUAUUUGACUCUCGUCGUUGUUUUUUUGACUGGUCCUGCUGGUCUUCAUUAAUAAAACUGACUCCACUGUA